AUGGAAUCUAUCACCCCCCAGGCCCUCGAAUCCCUCGACCAGAACUCGCGACAGGAGAUCGUGCAGUUCAUGGAGGCCGAGCGAUCCAAGGCCAAGAUCCAGGAGACCGUCCACACCUUCACCAACCUGUGCUGGAACAAGUGUAUCAAGAAGGUCAACUCUGCCCAGCUUGAUGGUUCCGAGCAGCAGUGCUUCACCGAUUGUGUCGGCCGAUACCUCGACACCAACAUUGACAUUGUCAAAAUGUGA